AACGUUUCGCCAGAUAUCGUUGUAAAUUUGUCAAAACGAAUUCUUCUUUGGCUUACCGUUGUUACGUUUGUGCGCAGGAAUCAAAGUUUUUAUUUAAACGUUACAUUUAGCCACAAACAAUGAGACUUUCAGCAAUUCGCCAACAUGGUUUUGGUCACCUUGGUGUUAAAGUGAACAAGCAAAUCAUCUAUACAAUGUCUGCAUUUGAACAAAAUCCAAUCAAAGGUGUCCUCAGAAAGGGAGUUCCAAAUAUGAUACGCCGAACUAGAGAAAGCUUUUUCGUGAUUGCUAUUCCUGCGCUGUUGGCAUACAUGGCAUAUGACUGGGGUGUUACAGCUCAAGCAAAACUGGACCGAAAAGAUCCAAAGAUGUAUGAAAAUGAUGUUUAAAGGAACUCAGUGACAAAUCCUCAAAAGUUCUUAAUAUGUUUUGAAAUAAACCAUCUUUAUAAAGUUUACAACACAUUUGCUAAUAGUUAAAAAGCAGAAUUAAUAAGCGAUUGCGAUGAUGCAGGUUA